UUGGAGAGGACGUGACCGACCCACUCAAGUUGGGUGUCUCUAGUGUCAGUUUCUAGAAUUUCCAGGGUUGACGCUAGCACCGGCAUCCCCCGUGCCCCUUUGAGACUGUCCCCUGCACCCCUCAUCCCUGCUGCCGGCUGGGCGGAGCCGCACUCGCGGUUUGGGUGUGUUCCUCUCUCAGCGGGACCGUGACUCCUCUGUCGGGGACACAGCCAGUGGAUUGCCAACCGGUGCUAGGCUGCCAGGCGCGUGGCCACCAUGACGGGAAGCAACAUGUCUGAAUGCUUGGCUGAUGCCAUGUGCCAGCGCUGCCAGGCCCGGUUUGCCCCCACCGAGCGCAUCGUCAACAGCAAUGGGGAGCUCUACCACGAGCACUGCUUUGUGUGCGCACAGUGCUUCCGGCCUUUCCCCGAGGGGCUCUUCUAUGAGUUUGAGGGCCGGAAGUACUGUGAACAUGACUUCCAAAUGCUGUUUGCUCCGUGCUGCGGAUUCUGUGGUGAGUUUGUCAUUGGACGCGUGAUCAAGGCCAUGAACACCAACUGGCAUCCAGGCUGCUUCCGAUGUGAGCUGUGUGACGUGGAGCUGGCUGACUUGGGCUUUGUGAAGAAUGCAGGCAGGCACCUCUGCCGGCCUUGCCACAGCCGUGAGAAGGCCAAGGGCCUGGGAAAAUUCAUCUGCCAACGGUGUCACCUAGCCAUUGACGAACAGCCCCUCAUGUUCAAGAAUGAUCCCUACCAUCCGGACCACUUCAGCUGUUCCCACUGUGGGAAGGAGCUGACCUCCGAUGCCCGUGAGCUGAAGGGGGAGCUCUACUGCUUGCCUUGCCAUGACAAGAUGGGCGUCCCCAUCUGUGGGGCCUGCCGCCGGCCAAUCGAGGGCCGUGUGGUCAACGCAUUGGGCAAGCAGUGGCACGUGGAGCACUUUGUCUGUGCCAAGUGUGAGAAGCCGUUCCUGGGGCACCGGCACUAUGAGAAGAAGGGCCUAGCCUACUGUGAGACCCACUAUAACCAGCUCUUUGGGGAUGUCUGCUACAACUGCAGUCAUGUGAUUGAGGGUGACGUGGUGUCAGCCCUCAGCAAAGCCUGGUGUGUGCACUGCUUCUCCUGUUCCACCUGCAACAUGAAGCUCACUCUGAAGAACAAGUUUGUGGAAUUCGACAUGAAGCCUGUGUGUAAGAGGUGCUACGAAAGGUUCCCCCUGGAGCUGAAGAAGAGGCUGAAGAAGCUGUCUGACAUGACCUCACGCAAGGCCCAGCCCAAGUCUGUGGACGUCAACUCAGUCUAAAGCUCCUCAGCCUCCCUUUGCCUGCCUGCAGACCCUUUGCCCUCUCCUCCCUGCCCUGAUUCCUGCUGGCCACCUCCCACUUCUGCUCCAUCCCAGGCCCCUCCUCCUCGUAUGUCACCUUUUCUGUUCCCAGUCUACCUUGGGCUACAUGGUACUCUCUUCUGCGCUGAGACCUGGCCCAGCCUCACAGGCAUUUCCUCCUGUGCCCGCCCACAACCUCUGGGGAUAGGCCAAACUGGGGCCAGGAUCAUCUGCCAUUUGCUUGGCUCACAGAUCCCAGCCUGACACCUGUCCUUUCCACUCUCCUGGGAGAGUUUCAAUCUUAGAGAGGUCUUUGGGCUUUGUUGGGAAGCUGUCCCAGCUCCAGGGCUAGCGCCAUGCAGAUGGAGGCUUCCGGGCUCGAGGGGCAUCAGUAUUUCAGCCACAGUAAGCCCCCUGUGCUUACACCGCAUCACAAACCCGGCCACUUCUGGGAUGAACCAGCUGGAGGCUGAGAUUCCCAUCACCUUCACUGCUCAGGAGACGCUGCAGAAAGCCUCUUAGCUGCCCACCAACGUUGAGGUCCCACUUCCCAGCAGGACACACGGCCCCAGCCAGCUCCGACCUGCAAGUGGUCACAUACUUGCACAAUGAAGGCUGAUUCUCACAGU